UCAUGGAGGACUGGUUUCCAUGAUUUAUAGAAUUUUAUCCACACAAUCAACAAAUGAAUGUAUCAUCUUGUUUGAGGGAUUAAUCCGGAUGCUUGGAGGGAUAUACAAAUUUAUGGUCAGCAUUAUGUUCAUGGAUCGCCUAAAGAUACUUGUGUGCAGGAGACUUCUUUGAAUUUAUGCAGAUCAAGCAAUGCCCUAUAGUAUACGGCGGUCGCAUUGAUAUAGUCUGGUACGUUAGGUCGAAUGUGGCACAGUAUGGAAAUCCUCAAAGGAUGAUUCUUAGACCUGAUGCAGCAUGAGUGAGAGGAAAGGACUGAACGGAGCUGUGAAGGCUUUUGAUGGCUACGGAAGUGUUAAUCGAAAUGCCGAGGAUAAAAUUCGUAUUUUGCAGGAGGAGGAUGAGGAGAACUCUGAUAGAGGCAUCCAUUUAAAAGGAUUAGAUGGAGAUAGGGGUGACCAGUACAACUUCUCAUGUUUCUUCAGUGAUGGCAAAAGACAAACAGAUUUUGUGCUAGUCUAUGAAGAGGAAUUGGACAAUGCCAAGAAAAAAUCCCCAGCGGAGUCAUCCAUCUAUGAUAAAUGGAGGGCAAAGUUUAUGGUCAAUUUAAGGAAAAAUGGCUUGGAGUUGGAAGAGGAACGCAUACAGAGUCAGAAGAAGAUCACCUUCUUUAUUAAAAUCCACGCACCAUGGGAUGUGCUAUGCUUCUAUGCUGAAGACCUAUGCUUCAGGGCUCCACUUCAGGAAAUCAUACACAGUAAGGCACAUCCAAAUCCAGCAGACAACUGGUCAGAAAAUGUGCUCAAAUUCCUCCAUAUCCCUAACUUGAUGUCUGAUGAUGUCCCCCGACAGCCAAUGGACUUCUAUACCUGCCAGUUCAAAACCUCCAAACUAGAAAGGUUUUUGGGAAGUGAUAAUAAGGACACAUACUUUACCAACACCCAGAGACAUCGAGUUGUGUGGGAAAUCUUAUCCACCACGGGUUAUGGCAAAAAGAAGAGAGCAGAAAUAGGAAUAGAAAGGCUCUUGGAGGAGGAUGUAUUCAAAGCAGCAUUUCCACUUCAUGAUGGUCAAUAUGAGAAGCCAGUUCAUGGCAUUAGUCCUGAAGACAUGAACCUCCGUCAGAUUUUGUAUGAGUACUGGGCUAGAUGGGGGAAGUGGUACAAGUAUCAGCCUCUGGAUCAUAUAAGAGAAUACUUCGGAGAGAAAAUUGGCAUCUAUUUUGCCUGGCUGGGGUUCUACACAGCCUGGCUGUUACCGGCGGCAGUGGUUGGGAUCAUUGUGUUUGUGUAUGGAAUUGUCUCUAUGGUUAACAAUGUAGCAGUUAAUGAUGUGUGCUCAAGUGAUAAGGACUACAAGAUGUGCCCGCUGUGUGAUGAGAAGAUUGGUUGUGCCUACUGGUACCUGUCUGAUGUCUGUACCUACGUCAAAAUCGCCUACCUGUUCGAUCACCCAGCCACAGUCGCCUAUGCCGUAUUUGUCUCUUUUUGGGCUGUGACGUUUUUGGAGUACUGGAAAAGAAAGAAUGCCAGUCUCGCUCAUCACUGGGAUGUCUUGGACUUUGAAGAUGAAGAGGAGAGACCUAGGCCUGAGUAUGCCGCCAAGGCUCCAACCUAUGAGAAGAAUCCCAUCACAGGAGUCAAAGAGCCACACUUUCCUCCCAGAGAUAGGAUACCCAGGAUUUUGUCUGGAUUUGCAGUCAUCAUUAUUAUGAUGUCACUGGUCCUCAUUUUCAUCGUUGCUGUGAUCAUGUACAGAAUUUUAGUUAGUAUUCCUUUGUUUCAAAACAAAACGUUACGAGGCCAGGCCAACCUUAUUGCCAGCACCAGCUCAGCCGUAGUCAACUUAAUACUGAUUAUGGCACUUGGAAAAGUUUAUGAAAAGCUAGCACUAAAACUUACACAGUGGGAGAUGCAUCGAACCCAAACAGAAUUUGAAGAUCAGUUGACUUUUAAAGUGUUCAUUUUCCAGUUUGUCAACUUCUACUCUUCAAUUAUAUAUGUUGCAUUUUUCAAGGGAAAGUUCAAUGGAUACCCUGGUCAUUACACAAAAUUAUUUGGAUUGAGAAAUGAAGAGUGUAAUAAUGGAGGCUGCCUCAUUGAGUUGACACAGCAGCUAGCUGUCAUCAUGAUAGGGAAACAGAUGAUAAACAACGCGCAAGAGAUCCUGAUCCCAAAGGUGAAAGCCUUCAUGCAUAGGUGUAAGGUGAGCCUAGAUAAGAAUGCAGUGAGAAGUAGGUGGGAGGAGGACUACCAGCUGAUAGAGAACGAGGGUCUAUUCGAGGAGUAUUUAGAGAUGGUGCUACAGUUUGGUUUUAUCACAAUAUUUGUGGCCGCCUUUCCACUAGCCCCUCUGUUUGCUCUGCUGAACAACUGGGUUGAAAUUCGACUGGAUGCCCACAAGUUUGUGUGUGAGACUCGACGCCCUGUGGCAGAGAGGGCCCAGGAUAUAGGAGUCUGGUUCAAAAUCCUAGAUGCACUUGCACAACUGGCUGUCAUAAGCAAUGCUUUCCUGAUAGCAUUCACAUCAGAGUUUUUGCCCCGAUUACUUUAUCAAUACCAGUAUGACUGGGACCUUCAAGGAUACAUCAAUUUUACUUUAGCUGUAUCUCCAUCAGGCACAUUAAACCAAACCUGCAGGUACAAAGAAUUUCGAGAUGAAAAAGGAGAAUACACUCUGUUUUACUGGCAUUUGCUGGCAGUCAGAUUAGCAUUUGUUAUCUUAUUUGAGCAUGUAGUGUUUGGGAUAUGCAAGUUAAUUGACUUCCUGGUACCAGAUGUUCCUGAAGCUUUAGAACUGAAAAUCAAAAGGGAGAGAUACUUAGCCAAGCAGGCCCUGGCAGACACUGAUGCUAUUAUGAAGACUAUACAACCCGAAGAGGAGAUUGCCCGAGGGGACGAUGAAUCGGGUGAUGAAGAUGAUGUGAUGGUGUCCACUGCACCGAAAGCCAGCUCAGGCACCAAGACAGCGGAGGAGGACAGAGUCUAGACACCCCCUCCCACACACACGCCCCCAUGCACUUACUGUAUUAAGAGAGAGCAGAUUUUAUUGGAGUGAUUGACACAUGAAAGCUUUUCUCAAAAUAUAUUGUAUGUGCAUGUAAGUGACUGUGUAUCUUAUGGUUUACUGGAAAUUUUACAGUCAAUUUUGUCAUCUUCACUUAACGUGACUUUUGUAUGUUGGGAGAGAUAUAUAGUGCUAAUUUAAUAAAGGAAAAGGGGGGAGGGGGAGGAAUGUAAAGGAUGGUAACUCCUGUAAUGACUAUAUAUAGUUAUACUCUAAUCUGUUUGGAGGAUUUGUUACUUGUUGAUUGAUUGAGACUGCUCGGUGUAUUUAUGUAUGAUAUAUACCAAUGAUAUUGUUACAUCAUGUUGACAUGAUUGUUUUGUCACUUUUUAGAUUUUAUCUUCUAUGAUAAUGUUCAUAAAUUUAAUCAUAACUCAAUAUAUUUAUUCUAUGGGUAUAGUCUAGUUGAUUUUAAUUUUUUUUCCUUAGGUUUUUACUAGUAAACGAAAUGCGUUUUUUCCUAUAGAAGUACAUAUAUACUGAUAUUAAAAGUAAUCAAGUUUCCUUUAACAGUUUUAUUGUACACAUGUAUGUAGCACAUAUAAACAUUUCCAGUAUUUUUCACAGUACUUAGGUAUACAGGUACUUUGGAUUAUAAAUAAGUUAUGCAUGAUGAUCUUUUACAUCAUUAUUUUAUGUUGAUUUGAUUUCGUACAAUCAGUUUAAUACAUCAUUCUUCCAAUAUUUAUUGUGAAUGUGUUGUUGGCCAAUGGGGAUUUUUUUAAGUCCAGGGUUAUAUAUUAUAUAUUUCAUAAAAGUUUGAGGUAAAAAACGCAUUUAGAUUUUAUGCAUUAAUUGUAAAGGAAAUGUUGCAGACACUUUCUUCUUAAAGCUUUCUACCUUGGUUACAGUAUAUAGUUGCAAAGGACUUUGAUUAAUGCAGCAAUUGUAGUACAUGUAAUACAUAUGUACUAAUUGUAGCAGUGCAUUGUAGGUGACAGUGUAUCAGUGAUUUUUUUCUUUAAGUCUGUCUCAUUUAUUGUUCAUCAAUAUGUACAAUAUUAAGCAUAAUACAAUCUUCAGCUUGACCUCAUCUUGAACAAUAGUUAAAUUUUUAUCAAGAAAAGAGAGAUUAUAGACAAAAAUGUAUCUUUAAGUAAAUUUGAUGACUAGCUGCAAUGAAAUAUAAUUUUUCUUAUCUAAAAGAAACUGACCUUUUCUUGUGUUGUGCAAAAGAUGUUAAAUAAAUUGAUGGUAGUUUACCGAGAUACUGUUUUUAGUCUGGCCAUCCUCUGUUGUUUAUAGUACAGUUUUUUUCAUUAUUCCCUUCAUUGAACACUUUGUUGGAUGAGUGGUUUGAUUCAUGGCUUUUAAUAUUAAUAUGCUCAUAGAUUGAUCCAAAAUGUGCAAUUGUUUGCCCAAAGAAAAAAAACUUUAUCUACAUGUAGAAGUGCAAUGAGCUUUGUAUACAGCUUCCAUACCAGAAUUGAUGAAUGCUACACUUUUCUGGGAUAUACACACUGGACAAUCCUGUAGUUCUUAUAGAUGGCUGUUGACUUAACAAUCACCCUAUUACUCACUCAAUGAAAGCUUUGUUGUCUUAUUUUGUUUGUCUUGGAGAAUGAACUUACUCAGAAUGGGACUGUUGCUUGUCAUAAACAUUGUCAACUUGAAACUGUUUAUGGAACAUAUUGUUUCCAUGUUAAAUCUUCCAGUUUUUAUUUUUUAUAUUUGUUAGAAUUUUUCUCUGCAAUCGAUUUGUAUGUUUUGUUAUACUCUUUGUUAUUAUUAUUUUCAUACUCUUAUUCUAUGACGUGGAAUACGCAUAAUGCUAUGAUUGAAUCUCAGAUUUUUAUUUUAUAUACUUCUGAACCAAUUAAACGCACUGUAGCCAA